AUCUGUGAUUCCCAUUAUCAAGAGUAACAAACGACGACGGCCUCAGCGAUGGCGUCGUCAUUCGCUAAUUGCUCCUACGCGCCCGAUCCGAGUGGUAGUGAUGCGAAUCCAUUCAACUACGGCGAACGCAGCCUGCUAGACGAUCGGGACAAGCGCGGAGUAACACGUGCAUCCAGCCUAGCCCUACCGAACCACACGCUCUUAGAUCUGUUGGAGCAAAAGCAGAAACUGUACGACACAAUCCACCUAACGCCACCGCCGAAAGGCAAUGGUACGCGGCGCCAUUCGUCCGAUUCGUUCCCCAUGAUCGAGAAUGAAAACUUUCAAAUACCGCAACGGCAAAGUAAAAAGACGGCCCAAGCUUUAACGCCCGGUCCACUGGUUCCACCGCCCGUUCCGAAGCGAACGUUUCAGGGCAACUUUCCGCGCAAGCCUCCCGACUCUUUUGAGGUACAGAAGCGAGCCUCACUACUCGCGCUGGACAGCUAUCAGCAGCAGCAGCAGCAGCAACAACAACAGCAGCAGCAACUUCAAGCACAACAGCAACAGGUGCAACAAUUACAGCACCAACUGCAACAGCAGCUUCAGCAACAGCAACAAGCUCAGCAGCAGCAACAAACCUACGCUCAAUUUGCCCGUGCCGAGCGUAUCUGCAAGUCCGCCUUUGAGGAUCAAUCGUUCAGCUACUAUCCAGCACCGAAGAGUGCGAAAAGUAGCGGAACGGGUGGUAGUAUCGGCGGUGGUACCAGCAACGGCACCUGUCAUAGUGUCAGUGCGACCAGCUUCGACGAUCUGGCCGAACCGGAUGACUUUGUGCUGUUCAGCAAGAAGAUGGCCUCGAUAGAGUCGAACCGUUCGUCGAGCGAUUCGAACAAAUCGCAAACCACCAUCGACACCGGUUACGUGUCGGCGAACGAAACCGACCGCUCGAUACUGACCGGUGGUAGCUGCUCAUCGGCGAAGGGCGGUGCGUCUUCCUUUCGCAGCCGGUUCUCCUCCGAGGACACCCAGUCCUCGCUGGACAGUUUUCUCUCGUCCGAGCUACAUCGUACCGAUACGAUCGAUUCGCUACCGCUGAACGAUUCACCCUUUAGCCUGAAGAAGAAUGUGUUCAAUUUUGAUCUGAAAACGUCACCGCUUAUCCGCGGCAGCAGCACCGUUUCGCCGAACUCGAUCGACGAAAAGCUGGACAACUGUUCGCCUAGAAGCAUCGAAAGCAAGGGCUCCCGGAAGCUACCAAACGUGCCCACGCGCAAAGGUCCUGCCAGUGGUAUCGUGAUGCAACCGAAGCUUCCACCACCGGGUGUCGCUGGAGGAGCCAGCAACAGUCGAAUGACACCACCACUACCCCCGUCACGAUCGCAGCAGGCAUUCGAAACCCGAAAGCUACAGAAACUGCAGCAAGCUCAGCAGCAGCAAACGCAGCUCAACAAUGUGGCUUCCGCGCACAAAUCGGCACUGGAAAGUUUGCAGGAGCUGUACAGCAGACCGUUGGGCAUACGGCGCAACAUUCACCGGCCACCUCCGUUGAGCCAGCAGCAGCAGAUGAUCGGGCCAGCGAAAGGAUCGAUGAUUGGUCAACGUCAAGAGUCCACCAUCUCGAGUGACAGCUUCUCCAUUACCUCAACUCCGGGUUUUCCGACUAAAGCGAUGGAGAGUUCGCUGCUACAGCAACACACGACCUCCAAGUUUAACCGUUCGACAAUACGUGGAAAGGUCACAAUGGACACACCGACCAGCAGUAUUGUUGGACCGAGCCCAACGCCAUCCAACAAUCUGACGGCAAUGUUAAAUUCGGCCGGAUCUACACCAGGAGGCACUAAUCUCACUCCCACGUCCAUCAGCCCGGGAGCGGUCGGUUCGGCAAACAGCGCCUGCGAUGUCAUGGGAGGCAUCGGUGUUACCGCCAGCACGAUCCGAUCCAUUCCGCCGCGUGUAAGUAUGCGGCAAGACUCUAGCAUAUCCAGUGACAGCUUUAGCCAAACGUCUAGCCCAAGCUACAACUCCAAAAUCAUGGAAGCGCCACUAUUAUCGCACGCUGCCAAGAUGCCCAAGGUGUCGAAACCGAUCGCGAAGAACCUGGACGAAAUUACGAAAGAAUCACCCGCGGACAUGAAUGGGACGGCCGCGAUCAUUAAGAGUGCAUCCACGCCGGCCAGCCUGCAGACGAUCGUUCGUCUAUCCAACGGAUCCAACGUUAGUCUACAGCAUAAGAAAUUUCAGAUUUUAAAAGCACGCAAAAACUCCAACCCCUACGUCACCAGUGGACGGUUAAAGUUUCGCCUAUGCCAGAUACUGUUGAAUGCUGUCGGAUUGCUUGCGAUUGCCGGUGGACUAGCGGCCUACUUUAACGCGUACCCGACGAUCAAGUUCGUCAAUCAAACCAUCACCCGAACGGCCAGUCCAGCAUCCUCCCCGGGAGGCGUUGUACCGGGCAGUUCUGGCGUUGUUUCAUCGAUACCGGCCUCAAGUUCUGGAACAUCACCAGCUUCCGGAGCACCGGGACGAACCACUGCACUAGAGCCGGCCGGUAAUUACCGCGGUGAUCGUAAUCCAGCGCCCGGUGUCUGUUUGCCGGUGAUCGUGAAGUUUUGCCAGCAGCAUCGAGUCCCCUACAACUAUACCGUCUUUCCGAACUACAUUGGACAUUUCGGCCAGCCGGAGGCACAGAUCGAGAUCGAUCUCUUCGAAGCCCUGGUCGAUGUGCAGUGUUACGAGCUUGUUCCACUGUUCUUAUGCUCUCUGUUUGUGCCUAAAUGCGGUAAUUCCGGUGCAACCGUACCGCCGUGUAAAAGUUUGUGUACUGAAACAAUGCGUCGAUGCAGUUUCUUCUUCGACGUGUUUGGACUGGAACUGCCAGAGUAUUUGCGCUGCUCCAUAUUCAACGAUGCCGUAUCGGAUCAAGAGGAGUGCGUCGGGAUGGCUGAGUACAAGGAAUCGAUUAUACGGGCCCGCCGGCCCAUGGCUUGUUCGGGCUUUCUGUGUGACAAGCGGCGCUGCCUACCGAACGAGUGGAAGUGUGAUGGACAUGUGGACUGCCAGGAUCAGACGGAUGAGGCGCACUGUGACUUCUGCGGUGAUGAUGCCAUCCACUGUGGGGACGGGCAGUGCAUGAGCCAGAAGCAUGUGUGCGAUGGUACGGCACACUGUCCGUACGGACAGGAUGAAAGGAAUUGCAUACGUCUAAGCGAAAGAAAUGGCGAUCUUGGGCGGGGCACGUUGGAAGUUUACAAAGCGGACUUAAAGCAGUGGGCACCGGCGUGUGUAAAAAACUGGGAUCCAGCGACGUCUCCUACGAUGAUUUGUUCCCUGUUAGGUUACAGCUCGGUCAACUCUAGCCGUACUGCAAUGCGUGGAUCAAACCGGACGCUAGUCAGCACGAAGGAUGCCUCGUCCAUGUGGCGUAUGUAUCAGAAGAAGGAUGUCAACCUGAUCAAAGAGUUUAACAGCUGUGACAUUAACUCACGGUAUCCUGUGGCCGAACUGACGUGUUCCAACUUUGAAUGCGGCAAAGUUCGAAACAGGAGAAACUUAAAGGCAACAAAACGCAUAGUUGGUGGAUCAACAUCGAGCCCAGGCGACUGGCCAUUCAUUGCCGCUAUUCUCGGUGGACCGGAGGAAGUGUUCUACUGUGCCGGUGUACUAAUCGCCGAUCAGUGGGUAUUGACUGCUUCGCAUUGCAUUGGCAACCACACGAUGCGCAACGUCAACGAUUGGACAAUUCAGCUCGGCAUUACGCGACGACACUCUCACACCUACUACGGGCAGAAGGUGAAAGUGAAGACAGUCAUACCACAUCCAAUGUACAAUCUACACAUCCCACACGACAACGACAUCGCCCUGUUCCAGCUUGCCACCAGGGUAGCAUUCCACGAGCAUCUGCUUCCAGUCUGUCUGCCGCCGCCACACAUACGUGAACUUCCGACCGGCAUUAACUGCACCGUUGUAGGAUGGGGCAAACGGGAAGAACGGAACUCAACCCCAAAUGGCGCGUCUUACGAACCAACGCUCAACGAAGUAAACGUCCCAAUUGUAAGUCGUGAUUUGUGCAUCGAUUGGCUUGAAACGUUCAACGUUACUGAGGGCAUGAUUUGUGCCGGCUAUCAGGAGGGUGGCCGAGAUGCGUGUCAGGGUGAUUCCGGUGGUCCACUGCUGUGUCCGUAUCCGAACGAAAAGGACCGCUGGUUCGUUGGCGGUAUUGUGUCCUGGGGUGUCCGGUGUGCCCAUCCCAAGCUGCCCGGUGUGUACGCCAACGUGCCCAAAUUUAUACCGUGGAUUCUGUCGCAAAUCAACAAUCACUCCGUCUUACAGACCGACACAAUAGGCCGAUAA